AUGUCAUCACACGAAAGGCAUCUUUCAUCGAGUUCCGUCUCUAGUCAAACCCCAUUGAAGAAGACUUAUAGUCAUGGAUCGAUAUAUCAAGGAAACGAAGAAUCUCAACCAAAGUUAAAGUUACUUGAAAAUCCUCUGGCUCACAAUAGAAGAAAAUAUUCGGUGACCCCUCCAGUUCCGAGUCCUAUACAUGAGAUCUCUGGUCCUAUCAAUAUCGCCCGAAAACAAUCUUACGAUGAAUCGAUCGAGAACCAAUAUGAUGAUAGGAAAGUCGAUCCAUUUUCAAAAGAUGGUGCCGAGGAAGAAAUGUUCGAAACCCCCGAGUUUCGAAGAUAUGAGGAGACUACGAACAUGGAACUUUUCUAUGAUCUCUUUUUCGUUGCGAAUUUGACGACGUUCAACGAUGUACAUGAUAUCAAUGAGGUUGAUGCACUCAAGUCAUAUGCCGGAUUCUUCUGUAUCCUUUGGUUCUUGUGGUUACAAGUCAGUCUUUUUGAUGUUAGGUUUGUUACGGAUAGUAUAUUAGAGAGAAUAGGAAAAGCAUGUCAAUUUGGUGUGAUGAUUGGAUUGGCAAUUGUAGGACCGGACUUUAAUUCAUCGGACCAAAAGCCUGGUGCUUUUCGUUCACUGGCAAUCAUCUUGAUGUUUUCGCGACUGGUUUUGAGCUUUCAAUAUUCUGUUAUAUUGUAUCACGUUUGUGGAUUCUCGGAAGAAACAUCCAAGACUGGCAAAGUAUUCAUUGUUUGGUAUGUCACAGCUGUCUUAGAAACUGCCGUCAACAUUGCUAUAUCGUCGAAGUGGAAAGUCCUGAGCUUUAGAGGAUCUCAUCUUGUCCAAAGAAUGACUCUACUCACUUUGAUUAUUUUGGGUGAAGGUAUAAUUGGAAUUAGCAAAAGUAUUGCAGAUAUUGCAGAACAAGAGGAGAAAUGGACCGCACCUCUCAUUCUCACUAUUGUAUCAGCGGUUGGAAUAAUUUAUUUCCUCUACAUGCUUUAUUUUGACUGGCUUAACCGAUCUCAAUUCGGUUCCAUUCGUCAACAAAUAUGGGCAUUUCUCCAUUUCCCAUUCCAUCUUGCACUAGUGUUCCUCGCUGAAGGUGCUGCCCAAUUCAUCAGAUGGCGAAAAGUAGUUGAGGUCAUCAACCAAGUCAGCAAACAAUACGUGAAUCAAUUCAAGAAAAUCCCCGCUGUCGAUAGUCUCGAUCUCAGAAUACGCUUAGCGAACAUCACUCAAAGAAUCUUCGAGAAAUUCCCCCCAGAAUUCACACAAACUUUUACAGACACCCAAAAGGCUUUAUUCAAUAUUGGUAAUACGACUCUGGGGUCCACAGAACAAUUGGGAAAUAUCACGACACUAUUUUCCACAGUCCAGGAUUCUCUAUUCGAUAAUUUCGGAAUCGAUCCACCGGAAAGUGAUAACGCGAUUACGGAUCCUAAUGAAGAAUGGAAUGAAAAUCUUGGAGUUCUCGCUCUUGUGUUCACCUACUUCUUUCCUCGCGUCCCGGCCUCACCCUCAUUCUCAUGA